UUGUAUUUUCUUGUUAUACUCAAAAACGGUUAAUGGGUGACGCAGUAACCGUUGAUGUUGGCCAAGUUGUUUCUUGUCAAACAUGUUAAACCAAAAUAUUUUGACGCAAAAGUAGAAUGUUGUGAUCAUUUCUCUGAAACCCUAAUCAAGCAUCGAAUUUACCUGUUGAAUAUAUAUAAUAAAUUUGGAUAAGCGUGAAUGAUAUGCUUGAUUUGAAAUUGAUGUCAAAAUAAAAUAAUGUCAAAUUUAUAUGGAGAUUACAAUCAAAAAAUAGAUUAUGUAUUUAAGAUUGUAUUGACUGGAGAUUCUGCAGUUGGUAAAUCACAGCUUCUGGCUAGAUUUGCAAGGAAUGAAUUCAAUUUGGAUUCAAAAGCUACAAUUGGGGUCGAAUUCCAGACUAAAACUCUAAUUAUUGAUAACAGGACCGUCAAGGCACAGAUUUGGGAUACUGCUGGACAAGAAAGGUAUAGAGCAGUGACUAGUGCAUACUAUCGAGGUGCAGUUGGUGCAAUGUUAGUAUACGACUUGACAAAACGUCAAUCAUUUGAUCAUAUGGCUAGAUGGCUGGAGGAAUUAAGGGGUCAUGCAGAUAAGAACAUUGUUAUAAUGCUUAUCGGAAACAAAUGUGAUCUAGGGAGUCUUCGAGCAAUACCAAUAGAAGAUGCUCAAGAAUUUGCAGAACGGGAGAAUCUCUUCUUCAUGGAAACAUCAGCUCUUGAAUCCACCAACGUUGAGACUGCAUUUAUGAGUAUAUUAAAAGAAAUUUAUCAAAUUGUUGGCAAGAAAACUCUCAUUGCAGACGAAGGUGCAGAGUACGCAAAGUCACAAUCGCUCAAGGGAACAAGGAUCAUAGUUCCUGGACACCAUUCAGAUUCUGCUGCCCAAGGCGCUGGCUGCUGCAUCUCCUCCUGAUCUUUCCUUUUAGGUUUUUAAAAAUGUUUCUGCCAAUGCAUUCUUUGUCCAAAACAGUGCGAGAAAAUUUUUAAGCUUGUGUUUAUUGUAGGAAUAUGAAUAGAUCAUCUCACUUCUUUUCUUUACUAUUUAGCCCCUUUGGUUGAAUGACCUAUAAACAUACCAUUUUUCCCUCUCCCCUAAUUAUUAUUAUUAUCCAUUAGUAAGUUGUAUUGUUUCUGUAGGAUUGAGGAUGAUAUCCAAAAGUUAGAAGCAGCUGGACAGUGUGUAAAGAUAUGGUCAAUGGUUUUAGUAAUGACUGCAAUAUCUUGCUAGGCCACAUGUUUUGUUUAGUUUUGGUUGUAAUGAGCUGAGACAACUCUAUAAGCUGAUAUAUAUGGAAUCAUUUUCUAGACUA